AUUCAGCCGUGAGAGGCAGAAAUGGGACAAGAUUACUACGCGGUGCUGGAAAUAACGCGCAGCGCUGGGGAUGCGGACAUUAAAAAAGCGUAUCGGAAAUUGGCAUUAAAGUAUCACCCGUUAAAAAACAAAGAUCCUGGAGCACCGCACCGAUUUAAACAGAUUGCUGAAGCCUAUGACGUGCUGAGUGACCACAGAAAAAAAGCCACUUAUGACAAGUUUGGAGAAGAGGGUCUCAAGGGUGGGAUCCCCCAAGAAUUUGGAGGUGAAGAUGCCUGGACCACCGGCUACGUCUAUCAUGGGGACCCUAACAAAACCUUUAAGGAGUUCUUUGGGGGGGACAAUCCCUUUGCAGAUUUUUAUACUCCAGAGGGUGGUGAAAUAAACAACGGUUUUGGAGGUCUGCGUGGAAGAGGGGUAAAGAAACAAGACCCCCCCAUUGAGAGAGAUCUCUAUUUAUCUCUGGAGGACCUGUUCUUUGGCUGCACCAAGAAGAUUAAAAUUUCUCGAAGAGUAAUGAACGAAGAUGGACAUACAUCCAGUAUAAGGGACAAGAUCCUCUCAAUUGAUGUGCGACCUGGCUGGAAACAGGGCACAAAAAUUACUUUUCCAAAAGAAGGUGACCAGGGUCCCAACAUUAUCCCAGCAGAUAUCAUCUUUAUUGUGCAAGAAAAGAACCACCCUCGGUUUAAGAGACGGGGAAAUGAUUUAAUCUACACGUCACAGCUGUCUCUGGGGAAGGCACUAAUUGGCUGUACGGUGGAAGUGGAGACACUAGACGAGAGAAUACUGAACAUACCUAUAAAUGACAUAGUGCAUCCCAAGUACACCAAGGUGGUGCCAGGAGAGGGCAUGAGGCUGGCCAAGGACCCCAGUCAGAGAGGAGAUCUCAUAAUAGAAUUUGAUAUUCAAUUCCCAGAGCACCUCACCCCCCAGAAAAAGCAUUUGCUACAGCAGGCUCUCCUCUCCUAGAUAUUAUAGCGCCGCUCUGCUGGUGACUAGUUGUUCACUUUUAUUAUAUUAAACAUAAUGCUACACUCUGGUUAUAUAUCUGUGUAAGCAGCACGUCUGCUAAUUAAACAAAUGUGCCUUGGUAUUUGGUUAAGCAGACAUUCUAAUGCAAAAACAUGUAUUUUCUCCAUUACUGACCCUAUCUAACUACAUGUUUAACCCAUUCAAAGGGGCUUAACACAUAAUUUACAUUCUGCACUGCAGUGCUUAAAGGGACACUGAAACCAUUUUUUUUUCUUUAGUGAUUCAGAUAGAGCAUGCAAUUUUAACUUUCUAAUUUACUCCUAUUCAUGUUUUCAUUAUCUUGCUAUCUUUAUUUGAAAAAGCUAAAGAGCCAGACAUUUUUUGGUUCAGACCCUGGACAGCACUUGUUUAUUGGUGGGUGAAUUUAUCCACCAAUCAGCAAGAACAACCCAGGUUGUUCACCAAAAAUGGGCAGGCUUCUAUGAAUAACAUUCUUGCUUUUCAAAUAAAUAUAGCAAGAGAAUGAAGACAAUGUGAUAAUAGGAGUAAAUUAGAAAGUUGCUUAAAUUGCAUGCUCUAUCUGAAUGGCGAAAGAAAAAAAUUGGGUUCAGUGUCCCUUUAAGCUGGUGAUUGGCGAGUCGUACUGCUGCCGUUUCUAAUUAGCUAACCACUCAUGUUGUCCUCAGAAACUGCAAUGUUUGCAGUUCGAGUGGCGCCUUUGCUGUGGUUAAACACAUAGGCUCCCAGUUAUUUAUAUGCGGGCAGAUAAGAUUCCCAAGCAGGAAACCUGUCUGCUUAACAAGAAGAAAGCAGCAGGUGCAGCCCCACCCCUGCUCUCACAUGAUUGGUUGUCAGUCACCCUGAGCGAAUUAGACGUUAGACAAAUGAGUGAGCCUGCCCUGCAAGGUCUCCAUCACUGCAUCCGCGACCUCGGAAAUGAAGCCCAUAGUAAGAUCGAGCCAGUAAUGCUGAAAAAUGACUAUAAGAUUGUUUGUUAAUGUCUUGUUCUUCUUGCUACAAUGAAUGACUUGUUUGCUUUGCUGCACUAAAACUCUAAUAUUAUUAGCUAUUUCCAAUUUCUAAGACCGAGGAUUAAACAAGCUUUUAAUAUCUCACCUUUCUAAAGAUGUGAAAUGAAAAACAAAGCUGAGAACUUCAGUGAAUGUAACUGGAGGGUAAAUGAAAGUAUUAUUAAGAUUUAAAAAUGUUAACACCCCUUUAUAACCCCCCUUUAUAAAGUUAAUAAAAGUCAUAAAAGGGGGGAAAUUAAUAAAUGAGAAUAAUUGAAAAUAUUUAUCUAGAAAAAUACAGCAAGUUAUUAUUCCAGGUUUUCAAUAAUGUACCUGAACCUAGAACCUUUAUUCUUGUUGUUUUUCUGUUUUUGUCAUUGUUAUCCUAUAGGUUAUUAAAGUUUAAUAAAAUAAAAACUUUAAAAAUGG